GGGCGUUGGCUUCGGGCAGCGCUCACCCCGAGCAGCACACAUGAUGUGAGGCGGGGUUCGGAGCUGCAACCGCCCCACCCCGGGCCUGUGAAUGACCCAAAGCACCUCAUUCAUCACACAGGGACAGUUGCUAGACCGAGGACCGAGACAGAGCUGCCCGCUGCUUCCAGGUUCUGGACGACAACUGAGACCGGCCGAGCCUCCGGGAGAUGCUGAUGCUGAUGCAGAAGAUGAAGAUUCUGUUAAUGAAGUGGCAGUAGAAGACAUCCGUCCAAGGCCACAGGGAUCCUCACCAGUUUAUGAAUAUUCCCUAGAAGAAGAAUACUUAAAGCUGCAAGAAGAAAACAAAAAACAUACUACUGACAAAUCAAAACAGAGUCAUCCACAGGAGACAAUGGAAGUGACCUUGAAAACAGAAGUGGAAGCUGGUGCUAGUGGUUUUAGUGUGGCUGGUGGUGGAAAUGAAGGAAUAUUUAUUAAAAAAGUACUUAAGGAAUCUCCUGCUUCAAAAGUGUUUAGUCUGAGAGAAGGUGAUCAGCUUCUAAGUGCUACGAUAUUUUUUGACAAUAUCAAAUAUGAAGAUGCACUCAAGAUUCUUCAAUAUUCAGAGCCAUACAGAGUCCAAUUCAGCCUGAAAAGAAAAAUUGCUGGGAAAGAAGAGCUAGAACAUUUUCACUCUACAGCUCAGUACAAAAAGGAACGAUUAAGUCAGGAUAAAGAACUCAGUGAAAGCAUUCCUGAAGAAACACUGCACGUUUCAGGAAAAGCUACUUCAGAAGAAGACAGAGAAACAUUAAUUGUAAACCAAAGGGUAGGAAGAAGCAAAAGACCUAAAAAAGAUAGAUUAUCAUGGCCAAAAUUCCAGUCAAUUAAAAACAAAAAGAUAUUGGGACACAGAAGAUCUCACAGUACAUCAGAUGCGUAUGAGCCUGCUAUACAGGAUAUUUCCCCUACAAGCACAGAUACAGAGUCUCAACAAGAAAUUCAUAUCAAACAAAAAAAUAGAAGCCAAAAGAAACUGAAGUUCCCUAGUAUUGGAUUCAAAAUGCACAGAUCCAAAACAGAACAUCAAGACAAGCAAAAAAAGGAAAUAAAUACUACAUUGUUAUAUGAAAAACAAAAAACAGAUAAAGAAGAUACCAGCCUGGAAGUUCCUGAAAUGCUGACUGUUGAAUAUACUGCUUCUCCUGUUUCUGAAAUGAAAACAGAGGAAUUAAAUGAAACUUCAACAAAAAAUUUAAAAGAUGGGGAAAAUGGUAUUCCUACUUAUGCAAAAAAGUGCCCUGAAGUUGAAAUAAGCAUUAAAAAGGAAAAGGAAAAGGAAUCAACACUGAAGUAUACUGUAACUGAAGUACAAGAUGUAAAAAGAAAGGAAUCAAAGCCCAGUUUAGAAGCAGAUCUGAAAGAAACCCCAAUGAAACAAACACCAAAAACCUCAUCAAAAUCCCGAAAAAAGAAGCAAAAAGGAACAGAAGAUAAAACAGAAGGAGAAAAUGGAAUUAAAGGAGACACAAUGGAUCACACAGCAGAAGUAUACAUAGAAGAAAGAGGUUUAGAAAUAGGUAGAGCUAGAGCUGAAUUACAGUCAACUGAGACACAGGAAACAAGAGAAAAACAAGGAGAAGAGGACAAACAGGUACCAACAAUUCAGAAAACAAAAUUUUGGAUGUCAGUGUCAAAAAGAAAAGAAACAGACACUAAAAAGAUAUUAACCAAACCAGAAAUAGAUGUUGCAGAUUCAGGACUGGAAACACAAGCUGAAAAAGAAAUUGAGAAAGGCAGGAAAAUGGAAGUGGAAGCUCAGAUAGCAAGUACAGAAACAGAAGAAUCUACAAGGAAAAUUACAUUACCAUCAAUUGAAAUGGCCAUAUUACCGGUAGAUGACAAAACAAUACAAGACACCAAAGUAGAAUCCAAAUAUAAACUAAACAAGGAACAGACAGAAGAAAGAAACAUACAGACAAGUGACAGAAGUUCAAACAUAGAAAUUACUGCAAAGAAAGCAGAAAAAGAUGCUGAUGGAAAAGAAAGCAAACAGAGAUUACCAAAAUUUAAAUUACCUACAUUUACCUGGGGAACUACAAAGGAUGAAACAAUGAAAUCUGACAUUCAAGUAAGUGAGCCAAUGACUGCCAAGGCUCCCAAAGUCGAGGUGGACGUCAGCGUGCCCAAAGUGGACGCCAGCCUCCCCGAGGCAGAGGUCAAGGCCGGCGCCGUCGACGUCAGCAUCUCGGCCCCCGACAUCAAGCCGCCCUCCGUGGAGGGCUCCCUCGACCUCCAGGCGCCCAAGGUAGACCUGAAAGUGCCCUCUGCCGAAGGCUCGCUCGACGGAGGCGAGCUGGAAGCCGCGGGCCUCAAAGGCAAGUUUAAGAUGCCCAAGUUCGACAAGCCCAAAUUCGGAGUGUCGGUGCCCAAGGCGGAAGGGCCCGAAGGCGAGGUCAGCCUGCCCACCGCAGAGGUCGAGCUGCCCUCCGGCACCGUGACGGUCACAGGGGAAGGCCCCUCACUGGACCUCAAAGCUGACACUGGCGGUGCCAAAACCGAAGGCGCUGGCUGGAAACUGGAAAAGCCCUCCCUCAAAAUGCCCAAAGCUGACAUCAAAGCUCCCAAGGUAGACAUCAGCCUGCCCUCCGUCGACAUCACCCUUCCAAAGGCCGGUGUCGACCUGCAGGCGCCCGAGGCCGCGCUCAGCCUCGAAGGGGAGGCAAAAGCCCCAGAGAAGGAGGCCACGAAGGCAAAAGACGGCAAGUUCAAAAUGCCCAAGUUCGGCAUGCCUUCCUUUGGCUGGUCCAGCAGCAGAGAGGCCAAGGGCACCGUAGCUGCCGAUGUGGACGUGAGCCUCAAGGAGCCCCAGGUGACCGCACCCUCGGGAACCGCCGAAGUCGACGUGACCCUGCCCGGGGCCGAGAUCCAAGCGCCCGGCGUCGAGGUGACCAUCGAGGCGGCCGCCGGCGCAGACGUGGAGAAAGGCCGCUUCAAAAUGCCCGACGUCAAGAUGCCCAGCGUCAAGCUGCCCAAAGUCAAAGCUCCCCACGUGCAGGUCAGCCUGCCAAAGGCCGAGAUCUCGCUGCCCAAAGCCCAGGGCGAAAUCCCGGAGGGCGAGCUCGCCCUGCAGGGCCCCGAUGCCGAAGGCAGCCUGGACGUGGCCGCCGGCAAAGCGGAGGGCGGCGGCAUGAAACUCCACAUGCCAAAAGUCAAGGUGCCCAGCGUGGCCUUCUCCAAGCCGACCGUCAAGGCUCCCAAAGUCGAGGUGGACGUCAGCGUGCCCAAAGUGGACGCCAGCCUCCCCGAGGCAGAGGUCAAGGCCGGCGCCGUCGACGUCAGCAUCUCGGCCCCCGACAUCAAGCCGCCCUCCGUGGAGGGCUCCCUCGACCUCCAGGCGCCCAAGGUAGACCUGAAAGUGCCCUCUGCCGAAGGCUCGCUCGACGGAGGCGAGCUGGAAGCCGCGGGCCUCAAAGGCAAGUUUAAGAUGCCCAAGUUCGACAAGCCCAAAUUCGGAGUGUCGGUGCCCAAGGCGGAAGGGCCCGAAGGCGAGGUCAGCCUGCCCACCGCAGAGGUCGAGCUGCCCUCCGGCACCGUGACGGUCACAGGGGAAGGCCCCUCACUGGACCUCAAAGCUGACACUGGCGGUGCCAAAACCGAAGGCGCUGGCUGGAAACUGGAAAAGCCCUCCCUCAAAAUGCCCAAAGCUGACAUCAAAGCUCCCAAGGUAGACAUCAGCCUGCCCUCCGUCGACAUCACCCUUCCAAAGGCCGGUGUCGACCUGCAGGCGCCCGAGGCCGCGCUCAGCCUCGAAGGGGAGGCAAAAGCCCCAGAGAAGGAGGCCACGAAGGCAAAAGACGGCAAGUUCAAAAUGCCCAAGUUCGGCAUGCCUUCCUUUGGCUGGUCCAGCAGCAGAGAGGCCAAGGGCACCGUAGCUGCCGAUGUGGACGUGAGCCUCAAGGAGCCCCAGGUGACCGCACCCUCGGGAACCGCCGAAGUCGACGUGACCCUGCCCGGGGCCGAGAUCCAAGCGCCCGGCGUCGAGGUGACCAUCGAGGCGGCCGCCGGCGCAGACGCGGAGAAAGGCCGCUUCAAAAUGCCCGACGUCAAGAUGCCCAGCGUCAAGCUGCCCAAAGUCAAAGCUCCCCACGUGCAGGUCAGCCUGCCAAAGGCCGAGAUCUCGCUGCCCAAAGCCCAGGGCGAAAUCCCGGAGGGCGAGCUCGCCCUGCAGGGCCCCGAUGCCGAAGGCAGCCUGGACGUGGCCGCCGGCAAAGCGGAGGGCGGCGGCAUGAAACUCCACAUGCCAAAAGUCAAGGUGCCCAGCGUGGCCUUCUCCAAGCCGACCGUCAAGGCUCCCAAAGUCGAGGUGGACGUCAGCGUGCCCAAAGUGGACGCCAGCCUCCCCGAGGCAGAGGUCAAGGCCGGCGCCGUCGACGUCAGCAUCUCGGCCCCCGACAUCAAGCCGCCCUCCGUGGAGGGCUCCCUCGACCUCCAGGCGCCCAAGGUAGACCUGAAAGUGCCCUCUGCCGAAGGCUCGCUCGACGGAGGCGAGCUGGAAGCCGCGGGCCUCAAAGGCAAGUUUAAGAUGCCCAAGUUCGACAAGCCCAAAUUCGGAGUGUCGGUGCCCAAGGCGGAAGGGCCCGAAGGCGAGGUCAGCCUGCCCACCGCAGAGGUCGAGCUGCCCUCCGGCACCGUGACGGUCACAGGGGAAGGCCCCUCACUGGACCUCAAAGCUGACACUGGCGGUGCCAAAACCGAAGGCGCUGGCUGGAAACUGGAAAAGCCCUCCCUCAAAAUGCCCAAAGCUGACAUCAAAGCUCCCAAGGUAGACAUCAGCCUGCCCUCCGUCGACAUCACCCUUCCAAAGGCCGGUGUCGACCUGCAGGUGCCCGAGGCCGCGCUCAGCCUCGAAGGGGAGGCAAAAGCCCCAGAGAAGGAGGCCACGAAGGCAAAAGACGGCAAGUUCAAAAUGCCCAAGUUCGGCAUGCCUUCCUUUGGCUGGUCCAGCAGCAGAGAGGCCAAGGGCACCGUAGCUGCCGAUGUGGACGUGAGCCUCAAGGAGCCCCAGGUGACCGCACCCUCGGGAACCGCCGAAGUCGACGUGACCCUGCCCGGGGCCGAGAUCCAAGCGCCCGGCGUCGAGGUGACCAUCGAGGCGGCCGCCGGCGCAGACGCGGAGAAAGGCCGCUUCAAAAUGCCCGACGUCAAGAUGCCCAGCGUCAAGCUGCCCAAAGUCAAAGCUCCCCACGUGCAGGUCAGCCUGCCAAAGGCCGAGAUCUCGCUGCCCAAAGCCCAGGGCGAAAUCCCGGAGGGCGAGCUCGCCCUGCAGGGCCCCGAUGCCGAAGGCAGCCUGGACGUGGCCGCCGGCAAAGCGGAGGGCGGCGGCAUGAAACUCCACAUGCCAAAAGUCAAGGUGCCCAGCGUGGCCUUCUCCAAGCCGACCGUCAAGGCUCCCAAAGUCGAGGUGGACGUCAGCGUGCCCAAAGUGGACGCCAGCCUCCCCGAGGCAGAGGUCAAGGCCGGCGCCGUCGACGUCAGCAUCUCGGCCCCCGACAUCAAGCCGCCCUCCGUGGAGGGCUCCCUCGACCUCCAGGCGCCCAAGGUAGACCUGAAAGUGCCCUCUGCCGAAGGCUCGCUCGACGGAGGCGAGCUGGAAGCCGCGGGCCUCAAAGGCAAGUUUAAGAUGCCCAAGUUCGACAAGCCCAAAUUCGGAGUGUCGGUGCCCAAGGCGGAAGGGCCCGAAGGCGAGGUCAGCCUGCCCACCGCAGAGGUCGAGCUGCCCUCCGGCACCGUGACGGUCACAGGGGAAGGCCCCUCACUGGACCUCAAAGCUGACACUGGCGGUGCCAAAACCGAAGGCGCUGGCUGGAAACUGGAAAAGCCCUCCCUCAAAAUGCCCAAAGCUGACAUCAAAGCUCCCAAGGUAGACAUCAGCCUGCCCUCCGUCGACAUCACCCUUCCAAAGGCCGGUGUCGACCUGCAGGCGCCCGAGGCCGCGCUCAGCCUCGAAGGGGAGGCAAAAGCCCCAGAGAAGGAGGCCACGAAGGCAAAAGACGGCAAGUUCAAAAUGCCCAAGUUCGGCAUGCCUUCCUUUGGCUGGUCCAGCAGCAGAGAGGCCAAGGGCACCGUAGCUGCCGAUGUGGACGUGAGCCUCAAGGAGCCCCAGGUGACCGCACCCUCGGGAACCGCCGAAGUCGACGUGACCCUGCCCGGGGCCGAGAUCCAAGCGCCCGGCGUCGAGGUGACCAUCGAGGCGGCCGCCGGCGCAGACGCGGAGAAAGGCCGCUUCAAAAUGCCCGACGUCAAGAUGCCCAGCGUCAAGCUGCCCAAAGUCAAAGCUCCCCACGUGCAGGUCAGCCUGCCAAAGGCCGAGAUCUCGCUGCCCAAAGCCCAGGGCGAAAUCCCGGAGGGCGAGCUCGCCCUGCAGGGCCCCGAUGCCGAAGGCAGCCUGGACGUGGCCGCCGGCAAAGCGGAGGGCGGCGGCAUGAAACUCCACAUGCCAAAAGUCAAGGUGCCCAGCGUGGCCUUCUCCAAGCCGACCGUCAAGGCUCCCAAAGUCGAGGUGGACGUCAGCGUGCCCAAAGUGGACGCCAGCCUCCCCGAGGCAGAGGUCAAGGCCGGCGCUGUCGACGUCAGCAUCUCGGCCCCCGACAUCAAGCCGCCCUCCGUGGAGGGCUCCCUCGACCUCCAGGCGCCCAAGGUAGACCUGAAAGUGCCCUCUGCCGAAGGCUCGCUCGACGGAGGCGAGCUGGAAGCCGCGGGCCUCAAAGGCAAGUUUAAGAUGCCCAAGUUCGACAAGCCCAAAUUCGGAGUGUCGGUGCCCAAGGCGGAAGGGCCCGAAGGCGAGGUCAGCCUGCCCACCGCAGAGGUCGAGCUGCCCUCCGGCACCGUGACGGUCACAGGGGAAGGCCCCUCACUGGACCUCAAAGCUGACACUGGCGGUGCCAAAACCGAAGGCGCUGGCUGGAAACUGGAAAAGCCCUCCCUCAAAAUGCCCAAAGCUGACAUCAAAGCUCCCAAGGUAGACAUCAGCCUGCCCUCCGUCGACAUCACCCUUCCAAAGGCCGGUGUCGACCUGCAGGCGCCCGAGGCCGCGCUCAGCCUCGAAGGGGAGGCAAAAGCCCCAGAGAAGGAGGCCACGAAGGCAAAAGACGGCAAGUUCAAAAUGCCCAAGUUCGGCAUGCCUUCCUUUGGCUGGUCCAGCAGCAGAGAGGCCAAGGGCACCGUAGCUGCCGAUGUGGACGUGAGCCUCAAGGAGCCCCAGGUGACCGCACCCUCGGGAACCGCCGAAGUCGACGUGACCCUGCCCGGGGCCGAGAUCCAAGCGCCCGGCGUCGAGGUGACCAUCGAGGCGGCCGCCGGCGCAGACGCGGAGAAAGGCCGCUUCAAAAUGCCCGACGUCAAGAUGCCCAGCGUCAAGCUGCCCAAAGUCAAAGCUCCCCACGUGCAGGUCAGCCUGCCAAAGGCCGAGAUCUCGCUGCCCAAAGCCCAGGGCGAAAUCCCGGAGGGCGAGCUCGCCCUGCAGGGCCCCGAUGCCGAAGGCAGCCUGGACGUGGCCGCCGGCAAAGCGGAGGGCGGCGGCAUGAAACUCCACAUGCCAAAAGUCAAGGUGCCCAGCGUGGCCUUCUCCAAGCCGACCGUCAAGGCUCCCAAAGUCGAGGUGGACGUCAGCGUGCCCAAAGUGGACGCCAGCCUCCCCGAGGCAGAGGUCAAGGCCGGCGCCGUCGACGUCAGCAUCUCGGCCCCCGACAUCAAGCCGCCCUCCGUGGAGGGCUCCCUCGACCUCCAGGCGCCCAAGGUAGACCUGAAAGUGCCCUCUGCCGAAGGCUCGCUCGACGGAGGCGAGCUGGAAGCCGCGGGCCUCAAAGGCAAGUUUAAGAUGCCCAAGUUCGACAAGCCCAAAUUCGGAGUGUCGGUGCCCAAGGCGGAAGGGCCCGAAGGCGAGGUCAGCCUGCCCACCGCAGAGGUCGAGCUGCCCUCCGGCACCGUGACGGUCACAGGGGAAGGCCCCUCACUGGACCUCAAAGCUGACACUGGCGGUGCCAAAACCGAAGGCGCUGGCUGGAAACUGGAAAAGCCCUCCCUCAAAAUGCCCAAAGCUGACAUCAAAGCUCCCAAGGUAGACAUCAGCCUGCCCUCCGUCGACAUCACCCUUCCAAAGGCCGGUGUCGACCUGCAGGCGCCCGAGGCCGCGCUCAGCCUCGAAGGGGAGGCAAAAGCCCCAGAGAAGGAGGCCACGAAGGCAAAAGACGGCAAGUUCAAAAUGCCCAAGUUCGGCAUGCCUUCCUUUGGCUGGUCCAGCAGCAGAGAGGCCAAGGGCACCGUAGCUGCCGAUGUGGACGUGAGCCUCAAGGAGCCCCAGGUGACCGCACCCUCGGGAACCGCCGAAGUCGACGUGACCCUGCCCGGGGCCGAGAUCCAAGCGCCCGGCGUCGAGGUGACCAUCGAGGCGGCCGCCGGCGCAGACGCGGAGAAAGGCCGCUUCAAAAUGCCCGACGUCAAGAUGCCCAGCGUCAAGCUGCCCAAAGUCAAAGCUCCCCACGUGCAGGUCAGCCUGCCAAAGGCCGAGAUCUCGCUGCCCAAAGCCCAGGGCGAAAUCCCGGAGGGCGAGCUCGCCCUGCAGGGCCCCGAUGCCGAAGGCAGCCUGGACGUGGCCGCCGGCAAAGCGGAGGGCGGCGGCAUGAAACUCCACAUGCCAAAAGUCAAGGUGCCCAGCGUGGCCUUCUCCAAGCCGACCGUCAAGGCUCCCAAAGUCGAGGUGGACGUCAGCGUGCCCAAAGUGGACGCCAGCCUCCCCGAGGCAGAGGUCAAGGCCGGCGCUGUCGACGUCAGCAUCUCGGCCCCCGACAUCAAGCCGCCCUCCGUGGAGGGCUCCCUCGACCUCCAGGCGCCCAAGGUAGACCUGAAAGUGCCCUCUGCCGAAGGCUCGCUCGACGGAGGCGAGCUGGAAGCCGCGGGCCUCAAAGGCAAGUUUAAGAUGCCCAAGUUCGACAAGCCCAAAUUCGGAGUGUCGGUGCCCAAGGCGGAAGGGCCCGAAGGCGAGGUCAGCCUGCCCACCGCAGAGGUCGAGCUGCCCUCCGGCACCGUGACGGUCACAGGGGAAGGCCCCUCACUGGACCUCAAAGCUGACACUGGCGGUGCCAAAACCGAAGGCGCUGGCUGGAAACUGGAAAAGCCCUCCCUCAAAAUGCCCAAAGCUGACAUCAAAGCUCCCAAGGUAGACAUCAGCCUGCCCUCCGUCGACAUCACCCUUCCAAAGGCCGGUGUCGACCUGCAGGCGCCCGAGGCCGCGCUCAGCCUCGAAGGGGAGGCAAAAGCCCCAGAGAAGGAGGCCACGAAGGCAAAAGACGGCAAGUUCAAAAUGCCCAAGUUCGGCAUGCCUUCCUUUGGCUGGUCCAGCAGCAGAGAGGCCAAGGGCACCGUAGCUGCCGAUGUGGACGUGAGCCUCAAGGAGCCCCAGGUGACCGCACCCUCGGGAACCGCCAAAGUCGACGUGACCCUGCCCGGGGCCGAGAUCCAAGCGCCCGGCGUCGAGGUGACCAUCGAGGCGGCCGCCGGCGCAGACGCGGAGAAAGGCCGCUUCAAAAUGCCCGACGUCAAGAUGCCCAGCGUCAAGCUGCCCAAAGUCAAAGCUCCCCACGUGCAGGUCAGCCUGCCAAAGGCCGAGAUCUCGCUGCCCAAAGCCCAGGGCGAAAUCCCGGAGGGCGAGCUCGCCCUGCAGGGCCCCGAUGCCGAAGGCAGCCUGGACGUGGCCGCCGGCAAAGCGGAGGGCGGCGGCAUGAAACUCCACAUGCCAAAAGUCAAGGUGCCCAGCGUGGCCUUCUCCAAGCCGACCGUCAAGGCUCCCAAAGUCGAGGUGGACGUCAGCGUGCCCAAAGUGGACGCCAGCCUCCCCGAGGCAGAGGUCAAGGCCGGCGCCGUCGACGUCAGCAUCUCGGCCCCCGACAUCAAGCCGCCCUCCGUGGAGGGCUCCCUCGACCUCCAGGCGCCCAAGGUAGACCUGAAAGUGCCCUCUGCCGAAGGCUCGCUCGACGGAGGCGAGCUGGAAGCCGCGGGCCUCAAAGGCAAGUUUAAGAUGCCCAAGUUCGACAAGCCCAAAUUCGGAGUGUCGGUGCCCAAGGCGGAAGGGCCCGAAGGCGAGGUCAGCCUGCCCACCGCAGAGGUCGAGCUGCCCUCCGGCACCGUGACGGUCACAGGGGAAGGCCCCUCACUGGACCUCAAAGCUGACACUGGCGGUGCCAAAACCGAAGGCGCUGGCUGGAAACUGGAAAAGCCCUCCCUCAAAAUGCCCAAAGCUGACAUCAAAGCUCCCAAGGUAGACAUCAGCCUGCCCUCCGUCGACAUCACCCUUCCAAAGGCCGGUGUCGACCUGCAGGCGCCCGAGGCCGCGCUCAGCCUCGAAGGGGAGGCAAAAGCCCCAGAGAAGGAGGCCACGAAGGCAAAAGACGGCAAGUUCAAAAUGCCCAAGUUCGGCAUGCCUUCCUUUGGCUGGUCCAGCAGCAGAGAGGCCAAGGGCACCGUAGCUGCCGAUGUGGACGUGAGCCUCAAGGAGCCCCAGGUGACCGCACCCUCGGGAACCGCCGAAGUCGACGUGACCCUGCCCGGGGCCGAGAUCCAAGCGCCCGGCGUCGAGGUGACCAUCGAGGCGGCCGCCGGCGCAGACGCGGAGAAAGGCCGCUUCAAAAUGCCCGACGUCAAGAUGCCCAGCGUCAAGCUGCCCAAAGUCAAAGCUCCCCACGUGCAGGUCAGCCUGCCAAAGGCCGAGAUCUCGCUGCCCAAAGCCCAGGGCGAAAUCCCGGAGGGCGAGCUCGCCCUGCAGGGCCCCGAUGCCGAAGGCAGCCUGGACGUGGCCGCCGGCAAAGCGGAGGGCGGCGGCAUGAAACUCCACAUGCCAAAAGUCAAGGUGCCCAGCGUGGCCUUCUCCAAGCCGACCGUCAAGGCUCCCAAAGUCGAGGUGGACGUCAGCGUGCCCAAAGUGGACGCCAGCCUCCCCGAGGCAGAGGUCAAGGCCGGCGCCGUCGACGUCAGCAUCUCGGCCCCCGACAUCAAGCCGCCCUCCGUGGAGGGCUCCCUCGACCUCCAGGCGCCCAAGGUAGACCUGAAAGUGCCCUCUGCCGAAGGCUCGCUCGACGGAGGCGAGCUGGAAGCCGCGGGCCUCAAAGGCAAGUUUAAGAUGCCCAAGUUCGACAAGCCCAAAUUCGGAGUGUCGGUGCCCAAGGCGGAAGGGCCCGAAGGCGAGGUCAGCCUGCCCACCGCAGAGGUCGAGCUGCCCUCCGGCACCGUGACGGUCACAGGGGAAGGCCCCUCACUGGACCUCAAAGCUGACACUGGCGGUGCCAAAACCGAAGGCGCUGGCUGGAAACUGGAAAAGCCCUCCCUCAAAAUGCCCAAAGCUGACAUCAAAGCUCCCAAGGUAGACAUCAGCCUGCCCUCCGUCGACAUCACCCUUCCAAAGGCCGGUGUCGACCUGCAGGCGCCCGAGGCCGCGCUCAGCCUCGAAGGGGAGGCAAAAGCCCCAGAGAAGGAGGCCACGAAGGCAAAAGACGGCAAGUUCAAAAUGCCCAAGUUCGGCAUGCCUUCCUUUGGCUGGUCCAGCAGCAGAGAGGCCAAGGGCACCGUAGCUGCCGAUGUGGACGUGAGCCUCAAGGAGCCCCAGGUGACCGCACCCUCGGGAACCGCCGAAGUCGACGUGACCCUGCCCGGGGCCGAGAUCCAAGCGCCCGGCGUCGAGGUGACCAUCGAGGCGGCCGCCGGCGCAGACGCGGAGAAAGGCCGCUUCAAAAUGCCCGACGUCAAGAUGCCCAGCGUCAAGCUGCCCAAAGUCAAAGCUCCCCACGUGCAGGUCAGCCUGCCAAAGGCCGAGAUCUCGCUGCCCAAAGCCCAGGGCGAAAUCCCGGAGGGCGAGCUCGCCCUGCAGGGCCCCGAUGCCGAAGGCAGCCUGGACGUGGCCGCCGGCAAAGCGGAGGGCGGCGGCAUGAAACUCCACAUGCCAAAAGUCAAGGUGCCCAGCGUGGCCUUCUCCAAGCCGACCGUCAAGGCUCCCAAAGUCGAGGUGGACGUCAGCGUGCCCAAAGUGGACGCCAGCCUCCCCGAGGCAGAGGUCAAGGCCGGCGCCGUCGACGUCAGCAUCUCGGCCCCCGACAUCAAGCCGCCCUCCGUGGAGGGCUCCCUCGACCUCCAGGCGCCCAAGGUAGACCUGAAAGUGCCCUCUGCCGAAGGCUCGCUCGACGGAGGCGAGCUGGAAGCCGCGGGCCUCAAAGGCAAGUUUAAGAUGCCCAAGUUCGACAAGCCCAAAUUCGGAGUGUCGGUGCCCAAGGCGGAAGGGCCCGAAGGCGAGGUCAGCCUGCCCACCGCAGAGGUCGAGCUGCCCUCCGGCACCGUGACGGUCACAGGGGAAGGCCCCUCACUGGACCUCAAAGCUGACACUGGCGGUGCCAAAACCGAAGGCGCUGGCUGGAAACUGGAAAAGCCCUCCCUCAAAAUGCCCAAAGCUGACAUCAAAGCUCCCAAGGUAGACAUCAGCCUGCCCUCCGUCGACAUCACCCUUCCAAAGGCCGGUGUCGACCUGCAGGCGCCCGAGGCCGCGCUCAGCCUCGAAGGGGAGGCAAAAGCCCCAGAGAAGGAGGCCACGAAGGCAAAAGACGGCAAGUUCAAAAUGCCCAAGUUCGGCAUGCCUUCCUUUGGCUGGUCCAGCAGCAGAGAGGCCAAGGGCACCGUAGCUGCCGAUGUGGACGUGAGCCUCAAGGAGCCCCAGGUGACCGCACCCUCGGGAACCGCCGAAGUCGACGUGACCCUGCCCGGGGCCGAGAUCCAAGCGCCCGGCGUCGAGGUGACCAUCGAGGCGGCCGCCGGCGCAGACGCGGAGAAAGGCCGCUUCAAAAUGCCCGACGUCAAGAUGCCCAGCGUCAAGCUGCCCAAAGUCAAAGCUCCCCACGUGCAGGUCAGCCUGCCAAAGGCCGAGAUCUCGCUGCCCAAAGCCCAGGGCGAAAUCCCGGAGGGCGAGCUCGCCCUGCAGGGCCCCGAUGCCGAAGGCAGCCUGGACGUGGCCGCCGGCAAAGCGGAGGGCGGCGGCAUGAAACUCCACAUGCCAAAAGUCAAGGUGCCCAGCGUGGCCUUCUCCAAGCCGACCGUCAAGGCUCCCAAAGUCGAGGUGGACGUCAGCGUGCCCAAAGUGGACGCCAGCCUCCCCGAGGCAGAGGUCAAGGCCGGCGCCGUCGACGUCAGCAUCUCGGCCCCCGACAUCAAGCCGCCCUCCGUGGAGGGCUCCCUCGACCUCCAGGCGCCCAAGGUAGACCUGAAAGUGCCCUCUGCCGAAGGCUCGCUCGACGGAGGCGAGCUGGAAGCCGCGGGCCUCAAAGGCAAGUUUAAGAUGCCCAAGUUCGACAAGCCCAAAUUCGGAGUGUCGGUGCCCAAGGCGGAAGGGCCCGAAGGCGAGGUCAGCCUGCCCACCGCAGAGGUCGAGCUGCCCUCCGGCACCGUGACGGUCACAGGGGAAGGCCCCUCACUGGACCUCAAAGCUGACACUGGCGGUGCCAAAACCGAAGGCGCUGGCUGGAAACUGGAAAAGCCCUCCCUCAAAAUGCCCAAAGCUGACAUCAAAGCUCCCAAGGUAGACAUCAGCCUGCCCUCCGUCGACAUCACCCUUCCAAAGGCCGGUGUCGACCUGCAGGCGCCCGAGGCCGCGCUCAGCCUCGAAGGGGAGGCAAAAGCCCCAGAGAAGGAGGCCACGAAGGCAAAAGACGGCAAGUUCAAAAUGCCCAAGUUCGGCAUGCCUUCCUUUGGCUGGUCCAGCAGCAGAGAGGCCAAGGGCACCGUAGCUGCCGAUGUGGACGUGAGCCUCAAGGAGCCCCAGGUGACCGCACCCUCGGGAACCGCCGAAGUCGACGUGACCCUGCCCGGGGCCGAGAUCCAAGCGCCCGGCGUCGAGGUGACCAUCGAGGCGGCCGCCGGCGCAGACGCGGAGAAAGGCCGCUUCAAAAUGCCCGACGUCAAGAUGCCCAGCGUCAAGCUGCCCAAAGUCAAAGCUCCCCACGUGCAGGUCAGCCUGCCAAAGGCCGAGAUCUCGCUGCCCAAAGCCCAGGGCGAAAUCCCGGAGGGCGAGCUCGCCCUGCAGGGCCCCGAUGCCGAAGGCAGCCUGGACGUGGCCGCCGGCAAAGCGGAGGGCGGCGGCAUGAAACUCCACAUGCCAAAAGUCAAGGUGCCCAGCGUGGCCUUCUCCAAGCCGACCGUCAAGGCUCCCAAAGUCGAGGUGGACGUCAGCGUGCCCAAAGUGGACGCCAGCCUCCCCGAGGCAGAGGUCAAGGCCGGCGCCGUCGACGUCAGCAUCUCGGCCCCCGACAUCAAGCCGCCCUCCGUGGAGGGCUCCCUCGACCUCCAGGCGCCCAAGGUAGACCUGAAAGUGCCCUCUGCCGAAGGCUCGCUCGACGGAGGCGAGCUGGAAGCCGCGGGCCUCAAAGGCAAGUUUAAGAUGCCCAAGUUCGACAAGCCCAAAUUCGGAGUGUCGGUGCCCAAGGCGGAAGGGCCCGAAGGCGAGGUCAGCCUGCCCACCGCAGAGGUCGAGCUGCCCUCCGGCACCGUGACGGUCACAGGGGAAGGCCCCUCACUGGACCUCAAAGCUGACACUGGCGGUGCCAAAACCGAAGGCGCUGGCUGGAAACUGGAAAAGCCCUCCCUCAAAAUGCCCAAAGCUGACAUCAAAGCUCCCAAGGUAGACAUCAGCCUGCCCUCCGUCGACAUCACCCUUCCAAAGGCCGGUGUCGACCUGCAGGCGCCCGAGGCCGCGCUCAGCCUCGAAGGGGAGGCAAAAGCCCCAGAGAAGGAGGCCACGAAGGCAAAAGACGGCAAGUUCAAAAUGCCCAAGUUCGGCAUGCCUUCCUUUGGCUGGUCCAGCAGCAGAGAGGCCAAGGGCACCGUAGCUGCCGAUGUGGACGUGAGCCUCAAGGAGCCCCAGGUGACCGCACCCUCGGGAACCGCCGAAGUCGACGUGACCCUGCCCGGGGCCGAGAUCCAAGCGCCCGGCGUCGAGGUGACCAUCGAGGCGGCCGCCGGCGCAGACGCGGAGAAAGGCCGCUUCAAAAUGCCCGACGUCAAGAUGCCCAGCGUCAAGCUGCCCAAAGUCAAAGCUCCCCACGUGCAGGUCAGCCUGCCAAAGGCCGAGAUCUCGCUGCCCAAAGCCCAGGGCGAAAUCCCGGAGGGCGAGCUCGCCCUGCAGGGCCCCGAUGCCGAAGGCAGCCUGGACGUGGCCGCCGGCAAAGCGGAGGGCGGCGGCAUGAAACUCCACAUGCCAAAAGUCAAGGUGCCCAGCGUGGCCUUCUCCAAGCCGACCGUCAAGGCUCCCAAAGUCGAGGUGGACGUCAGCGUGCCCAAAGUGGACGCCAGCCUCCCCGAGGCAGAGGUCAAGGCCGGCGCCGUCGACGUCAGCAUCUCGGCCCCCGACAUCAAGCCGCCCUCCGUGGAGGGCUCCCUCGACCUCCAGGCGCCCAAGGUAGACCUGAAAGUGCCCUCUGCCGAAGGCUCGCUCGACGGAGGCGAGCUGGAAGCCGCGGGCCUCAAAGGCAAGUUUAAGAUGCCCAAGUUCGACAAGCCCAAAUUCGGAGUGUCGGUGCCCAAGGCGGAAGGGCCCGAAGGCGAGGUCAGCCUGCCCACCGCAGAGGUCGAGCUGCCCUCCGGCACCGUGACGGUCACAGGGGAAGGCCCCUCACUGGACCUCAAAGCUGACACUGGCGGUGCCAAAACCGAAGGCGCUGGCUGGAAACUGGAAAAGCCCUCCCUCAAAAUGCCCAAAGCUGACAUCAAAGCUCCCAAGGUAGACAUCAGCCUGCCCUCCGUCGACAUCACCCUUCCAAAGGCCGGUGUCGACCUGCAGGCGCCCGAGGCCGCGCUCAGCCUCGAAGGGGAGGCAAAAGCCCCAGAGAAGGAGGCCACGAAGGCAAAAGACGGCAAGUUCAAAAUGCCCAAGUUCGGCAUGCCUUCCUUUGGCUGGUCCAGCAGCAGAGAGGCCAAGGGCACCGUAGCUGCCGAUGUGGACGUGAGCCUCAAGGAGCCCCAGGUGACCGCACCCUCGGGAACCGCCGAAGUCGACGUGACCCUGCCCGGGGCCGAGAUCCAACCACCUGACAUUGCUUUUAUCUCUAGUUCAUCCUCUGUUAAAGAGGAGUCUACUAGCAAAUCUAAAGUUUCCUUUUUUAGUAUGCCUAGAGUUUUACUUUCUAGAAGUUCAAAGCAUGAGCUUCAAAGUAAGUCUAAUAUUGAAUGUUCUGAGUCAGAAUCUAUGUGUUAUUCUGUAACAGAGGAGUCUCCUGCUGUGAUAUCUGGCAGUGUUGGAAGUAAACUCGUUCCUGAUGUUAAGGGGGACAGCUCUUCUAAAAGCACUAAAUUUAGAAUUCCUAGUUUAGGUUUCUCCAAAGUUGAUAUUAGUUCUUCUAAAUUUGAACAAGAUUCUCCAUUAUCUAAAGGAGAUGUGACUCUUACCAAAUAUCAAAUGAAUGCAGCUGAAUCUGAAUCAAAAAUAUCAUCAUCUGCUGAUGUGAAAAUUUCAUUUACAGAUCUUGAGAUUUUGAAUGGAGAGGGUUCUUAUGAACAAGGAAUUACGAAACCAGAAGGAGUAAAAACGCCACCUGCUGAGCUGUCUGGUGGUGACAUAGAAUAUACUGUUAAAAUACCUAAGUUCCGAAAACCAAAGUUUGGAUUUUCUUGGUCAAAGGGAAAACCAUCAGAAAGUGAUAUUGGUUCCAAAGUGGAAUCUGAAUUUUCCACAGAAAAGAUGACAUCUGAGAUGUUUGAUAUUGAAAAUCCAUCUCAGAUUCCUGAAUCUGAGUUUGGCCUAAAAAUGCAAAAGACCUCACCUGAAUUUGUUACGGGUGCAUCAAAGUUGGAUGUUAGUCUGCCAUCACCAGAGAUUACCUUGCCAAAAUUAGAAAUGGAUAUCCAUGACCCAGAGUGCAGGAAAGAGCAGGAAUUAAUUUCUGGUAAGAAGGACACUGAGGAGAAAGAAAGCAAAUUUAAAAUGUCAAAAUUCAAACUACUGUCAUUUAAUUGGUCACCAAAGAAAGAAGCUAUUGCUCCUUCUGAAGCUGAAGGACAUCUGGAAGAAUCCACUAUUUUAUCUGGAGACACAGAAUCUAAACUAGCACCAAUUAUCCCUGAGAAUCAAGACCUUCAUGUGGAAUUAGAUACCGCAACAGAAAAACAUGGUGAAAUGGGCAAAACCAAGAAGUCUCAGUUUAUCAUGCCAAAGAUCUCACUUACUAAAGUUAUGGGUCAAAAAGUCCAGGGCUCUCUGCCCGUACUAGAAACUGAUGUUUGUGAUCUCAAACAAGAAAAAUGUGGAGAUGAUUCAGUACAGAAAUCUGACAAAGGGAGUAGUGGAGAAAGGGCAGAAAUAGCUGUAAAGAUGUCAAAAGUUAAAGUUUCAGCUCCAGAAUUUUCCAAACCUGCAGUUGAAGGACCCAAAAUAGAAAUGGAUAUUAGCAUGCCUGCAGGUGAGGUCAUACUUACUUCUUGUGAACAGGAUGAGCUGACACUGAAAUCAGCUGCUGAUGAUAUUCCUUCCUCAGAUACUAAGAUGACGAUUGAAGCGUCACUUGAGGUGAAGAGUCCUGAGACAAGUGUUGAAAGAAUAUCAAGCGAAAUUGCCAUGAGUGGAGUAGAAAUAAAAGUUGAAGGUCCUGAAGGGAAAACAAAAAUGUCAAAAUUCCAAAUGCCAAAGUUUGGAAUGACGCAUUCUAAAGGGAAAGGAUCAGAAAAGGAGGUCAGCCAAACCAAAUCAGAAGCCAAGGUUCCCCAAAUAAAAGCAAUGAUAGAAAUAGCUGACAUUGCCGUGGAAGCACCAAAUUUGGAGGUGGAAUGUGGUGAAGGAACAGAAUCUUCCAGCUCUAAGUUGAAAAUAACUAAAGAUGACAAGAAGGCACCAGAAGUUGAUACUCACUUCCCAACGGGUGAGAUUUCUAUCUCAAAAACAGACAGUGAUAUUCAAGAUUCAGAUAUGGCCCUAAAAAUUAAAGAGGAAACAAAGCACAGGAAUGAAGACGGAGAAGAGAAAGAAGGACAUUUCAAAAUGCCAAAACUCAAACUUCCAUCCUUCAGUUGGUCACCAAAGAAGGAAGCAACUGUUAAGGAAGAUUCUGGAGGAAAUUUAGAAGAUAAUAAGGUUGCUGUAAUGUCAGGCAGAAUAGACACAGAAGCGGAAGGAACUGUAGCUGAUGAUCAAGGACCUAGGCCUGCCUUUGAUCUGGAAAUACCUGCUGGAAAAGAUCAACAAAAAAGUCCAAUUAAAAAGCCUCAGUUUGUCAUGCCUAAAAUUUCACUUUCCAAGAUCAAGAUUCCCAAAUCUCAGGGACAUUCAUCAAAAGUUGAAGCUGGAAGUACUGUAACUAAAACAGAAAGAGAUGGAGUUGAUUCAGUACAGAUACCUGAUAUAGAAAUAAGUCAUUCCACACAGAUAGAAGAAGGGGCGCAAAUAAGCAUAAAAACAGCUGUAGUUAAGAUCCCCACUUUGGAGCUUUCCAAAACAGAAGCCUUCCAAGCUAAUUUGGGAGUCAGCUCAGCCAAGAUUGAUGCUGCUCUGACUGCCUCCGAGGAGAGUUUUCAACAGGUUGUCCUAAAAUCAAGUUCUGAUAAAGAUUCAAUUCAAAGAACAGGCAUUGAGUUCCCUGAAGGAGAAACUUCAGUUGAACUGAGAAGCACCAAAAUAGCAACUGAAGGAUCAUUAGUUAUGGAUGGAAGAAAGAUGAAAUUGGAAGGUCACGAUGUACAGAUUAAAAUGCCCAAAUUCCAGAAGCCAAAGUUUGGAAUCUCCCUGACAAAAGGGAAAGGCCCAGAGCCAGAAGUCAGCUCUCCAAAAUUAGAAGCUGAGCUACCUCAGCUAAAAAUGACAGCAGAAGCUGCUGACAUUGCUGCGAGAGCGCCAGCAUCAGAAUUUACAUCUGAUAUGUCAGAUCCUGGGCUAGAGGUUUAUGCUUCAAAGGCAAAAACACCUCAAGUUCUGACGGCUGUCAUUGAAGCUCCAAAGGUAGACAUAAGCCCCCAGUCAGAGUCUAAAGCAGUGAUAGAGGAAGACACUGAGGGCCUUGAGGAGAAAGAAAUCAAAUCAGAAGAAGAAACGAAAGCUGAAGAAGCUCAGACUGAAGAACAUCAGGGAUGGUUUAAAAUGCCAAAAUUCAGAAUACCUGCAUUUGGCCGCACAUCCUUAAAGGAAAAGAAAGGUGAUGCUGAUGUUGAAAGAAGCCUGGAAAAAACUCAGGCAAGCAUUCCUUCUGCCAAAGUACAAACUGAAGCUGAAAUUACUAUUGGAAAAGAAGAAAUUCCAAAAUUAGGAGAUUCUAUGGAGAUUUCUGUUAUUAGCUUGCCAAAGGUAGAAGGAGAUAUUUCAUUGUCUGCGGAAAGAAGAGAUAGUAGAGUAAAUAUUCAAAAAACUGAAACUUAUGCAGACAUAGUUAAGCGUGGUGCUGAAGGACAAAAAAUGCACAGUUCAGAAUUCACAGUAUCUUCAGUGGGAUUAUCUGAAAGAGAAAUAAGUGCUUCAAUAAUUGACAAAGAUAACAGUUCACCAAGUAAGUUCCCUAUGGGUACUCUGACUCUUCAAGAGCAAAAAGACAAAUCACAGGAUAUAGAUACUCCAGAGGUAGAAAGUUCCACUGAAGUAAAGACUUUAAGUGCAGAAUUUAAAACAUCAUCAGGUGAAAUUACUCUGGACAGAACACAGGAAAAAAUAGAUGCAAGUCUUCCAAAGGGAGAAUUAGACCUUCAAAAUCAAGGGGCAGUGAUUAAAACAGUAAAGAUAAGGACAAGUGAGAUGAAAAUUACAGGAAAAGACAGUGAGUUAAAAUGGUCUACAGGUGAGUGGGCUACUGCAAAGGGAUCAGAAAAUGCCGUUUAUAUUGCAGCUAAGAUGGAAGAUGUAAAGGUAGAUGUUCCAGAAGUGAAAACGGAUGUUGAAAUUGAGAGGGUAGAUCCUGAAAUGAAAUGUCAAGUGAAACGUGUUGAAAAGGACAUGUCUGCAAAUGUGGAAGCGCAAGUAGAAGAUAGAGCAGAAAUAAGUAAAAUUAAAACAUACAAGUUUAAGAUUCCAAAGUUUGGAGUACUACAUUCAGAAGUGAAGGGUUUUGAAGAUGAUAUCAGUUUGCCAAAGUCAGGAGCUGUUUCAGUGACUAAAACUGAAAUAGACAGAGCGGAAAUGCAGUUUCAAAAAUCAGAAGGAUCCAUUGGCCCAACAAGUCCAACUCUAGAUCACAUGGAAUCAUCUGCUAGAAUAACAGGGGAAACAGUGGACAAAUCACAAGAUGAUCCAGAAGUAAAUAUAAUAAUUCCCAAACUAAAAAUACCAAGAUUCACUUUCAGAGUUCUCCCAAGUGAAGCUGAUGUUUCAUUGUCAAAAGUGGUAACAGAUCCAAAAGGAACUAGUGCUGACAUUGAAGUGGUGCACUUGCAAACAAGCUCUACUAUCCCUGAGGAAAUACCAGAGACUCUGGAAGGUGAUAUUCAAAAAGCAAAAAGCAAAAUUCUAACACUAAUUGAACCUGACAUUAAAACAGCACAGAUGACUGCUACCAUAGAUUCCUGCCUUUCAAACGCAGGGCAAGACAUUCAUUGGUCAUACGUAGAAGGCCAAGAAGUGAGAGAGAAAGUAGAACCUGAACAUGUUUCUAUUGAAAGGUGUGAGAUUUACUCUACCCAGAUACUGAAGGAAUCAGAGAUUCUCUCAUCAGAAGUUAAAACUGCUACUUUGGGAUUUUCAUUGCUCAAGGCUAAGUUGCCUGAAUCACACAGCAACUCAGAAGUGCUAGUCCAGCAGAGCCCUUCAAUGGACAAUGCAUCAGUGAACAAAUCUGAACAUUCUGAUGAAAGUUUUGCAGUAACUACACAGAGGACUGGCACUUCUGAGCUUAAACUAUCUGACAAACCACACAGUGAGACUGAAGAAUCUCGCAGAAUGACAGGUUUACCAACGUUAAAAACAUUUGCUGCUGAAGUAAAGCCUUUCAGUAAACCUGAAGAGAGUCAUCCUGAUAAGGCACCAGAGAAAAUAACUGCAGCUCCUCUCUCUAAAGAUGGGGAUAUAACCGAAGCACAAGAAGAUGAAGAAAAGUAUGUAACUAAUGAAAAAGAAAAGGCUGACAGCAAAAGGUCUCCUGGAAGAUUCAAAUUUUGGCUUCCAAGUAUUGGCUUUUCAUCUUCUGGUGAUGAAACAAGCUCAGAUUCAAAAACAGAAGUAAAAAAAUCAGAAGAAACAAGGCCAGAAGAUAUGAAACCUGCUGACACAUCAGUUAGUGAUUCUUCUAAGCAAGGUGAAAAAACUGGAUGGUUUAGAUUUCCCAAACUAGGUUUCACAUCUCCUUCCAAAAAAGCUAAGACUGUUGACAAAGAGGAGACAGGUCACGAAGAGAGAAGAAUAUCAGAUGAAGACAGCCCUUCAGAUAAACCUGAUGUAUUUUUUGAUGCACAAGAAAGCUUAUCACCUAAAGAAAUAAUAGAGAGUGAAAAACAAGAAAUUGAUGGGACCUCAUCUAACAUUCCAGUUUCUCAAACUAUCGUGACAUCUUCAGCAAGGACUGAACUAAUCUUGUUGGAGGAAGAAAAAGCUAGUCAACCUAAUAUCCCUGGAGAUACAACCAAAUGAAGAUUGUCUUCUGCCAACCACCCAGCGAAAACAGAAUAAUCUACACAGAAAAAAAAAAAGAAAAAGAAAAAGAAAAAGAAAAGGAAGAAAAAUUUAAAAAAAAAGAAAAAGAAAAAAAAGAAAAAAAAUUUCCUAAUUUGCCAGAAACCAAAAGUUAAACAAAACCUAAAGGUGAUAUUUAUGAAAACAGUUCAUUGAAGAGAAUUUACCACAUCUAAAUCUUCCUGUACUUGAAUGUGCUAUACUGUGUAGUAAUUAAAAUACUGAUCUUUCCAAAUGUGCUCCAAAGGCAAGAACUGCUACAGGUACAGGAGAGUUCAUAGUUCUAGUAAAGUCUGAAAAGAUAUCUUAACCAUGAAAGUAAACCUUUGAAAGACUCGGCGACAGCAAAAUGUCUUGUUAAAUAUGCUUCUCAAAAACACACCAGUUAGGAUUAGAUGAUAUAUUAUUUGCAGAGCAGAGUAUAAACUAGUACUGUGAGAAUCAUAUUUACCUGUUUAGAUUUUGGAUCUCUCUGACCUAUUUUUGCUUUCUUACUAGAGCAUCUUUCGUUAUUUCAGCUAAAGUAAACGUAUACUCCACAAUCAUUUUAAAAAGCAAAACAAAACCAAAAUGCUAGUGUAGACAGAGGCUUUACCCUUUCCUCUCUUCUCAUGUUUUUUUUUUUUAUUAUUAUUAUUAUCGUGGUGGGUUCUAUUUAGCCUUAAAAGAUUAAUAAAGAAAUAAGUUCAAGACCAAAAAAACCCCCACAUUUAAUUAUUUCACAUUUUUAAGGUACCCAAAUAACGGUGAUAACUGUUAUAAAAAUGUGGAUAAAUAAAUUUUUAUGUGUAUAUUUACUGAAUGGUUAAAUGCACAGAAUGAUCUGCCAUGCUUUGGUGGAAUUGCUUCAGAUAUUUUCUGGGAAAGGAGAUGUAUAUAGUUAUUUACCUCUUUGUUUAUACUAAUGCUUUUCUCAAGUGCACAGCCAAAACCAGAGUGCAUAUAUGACGGCCUUCAUAUGUAUCAUUAAAACACUACAUUCUUAAUUCACAAUAAAUUCACUACAUGAAAAAUAA